UCAUUUGGUUGCAGGAAGAAGCGCUUUAAGGCUGAAAUUCAAGUUCGCUAUCACGAUCAGGACACUGCAGUGAGAAGGAGCGAAAAGCUUAUUACCGGUAAUGGGCUGUAUUAAUGUGACUAAUGUUGAUAAGCAAGAUGGUCACGACGAUUUCAACGUGGAUGUAGGUGAUUUGUGCUGAGGAUUUCGAUGUCAGCGAUGAGCCAGCAAUAUCUUCAUCUGUAAGCUUAAAUACUCGUCAUUAUGAAAGAUUGCAAAGAGCAGAAGAUACAUGGGCUAAGUUACGGCAAGCUGCUCUUUCGACCACUUUCUAGAAGGAAGGUUCGUUUGUGAACAGCACGUUACUGAGGUGUCACUUCUGUGACUCGGAAAGUGGCAUUUGUCGUUCCUUGGACUGUAGUGCAACAGCAAAGUUUUGUGAAUUUUGUGCUACAUCAAUGCACACCGAAGUAAAUAUUCUCCAUAGUGUGGAAAUUCUUAAGGUACGUAAGUUGGUCUGAAGGUUUCCACAACAGAGUAGAUUCGUAGCUGCCAGACUCUUAAUUACCUGCUUCACCCGGCUGCUUUAAAUCUUUGUACUUGUAAAGCUGAUGUUUAUAAGCUUAAAAUAGCCCCAGAUUUUAUUUGUCAUUUUUCAUCUUUGAACUAUGUUGCUUGUCAGUUAUUACAAUGUCUUUUAACUGGAGUAUUUACCAAAUGUUAAUAUCUGCAGUAGCAGGCCAGGUUUUGCUUUUAGAUCCUUAAAUUAUGUGCAUUAGAAGCUCAUGGUUUCCUUGGUUGUUAUUUUUUUUUAGUAUUAAUGAAGCUAUAUCGUGCUUACAUUGUAAAUUACAAUCACUUUUGACCACCUUGCCAGAUCAGAGAUUAGUUUCUCUGAGAGCAAAGCAAACAAACGUUAAGCUCGGCAAGAUAGGAUCGGAGAAAACUAAUAUCAUUCAUGUGUAUCGCUUAAAUUAAGGAUCAUGCAGGGGAGUUUUAAAUCAAAUCACUUUGGUUUAUUAAUCUAUUUAAACACUAAAACAAAAUGACCUGUUAGUCAAUUAAUUAAUGUUUGAAUUUUUAUUCUUGGUUUAAUACAUGAAGUGCCAUAUACUAUCAUGACUUAUUGUUAUUCUAGGAGGAGAAUAUAAUUAUAUAUUUCCCUUUGAUCUUAGCAAGAACCCUGGUGCUGAACGGACAUCAGUGCCCAUCUGUUCAUUUUCGUAAUGUUUCUACCGUAGAUUCUCGAGGUAAGGAAAAAGUCUUUUUAUGUGUCAACCCCAUGCAUGAUCUAGUAAAGCAGAUCAGAUGUAGCUCUAAAGCUGUUUUUUGUGUUUGUUCAAUAUAUAUGUAUGCGACUUUGCUUGUAAUUAGUUAAACAUGUAAUGGAAAAAUGUACAGUAUAACACUAAGCAGUAUGCAAUUUUAUAUUAACAAAAAUGUCAGACAUGAUGUACAUCCCUAAUAUUAAUGUACACAAAGACGGAAUAGACGUACUGAACCAUAGAAGAAAAAUGUAAUUUUAUUGUGACCAACAGUCAACCAACAGGCAACCUGACAGUGGGCCAACUGUUUAUCAACUGUCGAUCAACAAUUGGUCGACAGAUCUAGAUACAAUGCAUACCAUGGGUAUGAAUUGUCAUGAAAGUACUUAUAUAUAUAUUAGCCUGUUGUUUGGCUACUUGGUUUUUAUUGUUUUCUCUGAUUUAAUCUGGUGCCUAUGGUGUAUUAAUUAUCUUUGACAUGUAUGCAAGUGUUUAUAUAUGUGCACUGAUCUGACUGCAAUUGUUGUUUAACAAUUACUCAUAUAGCAUGAACAUCAGUUAAUAUCCCUUUUGUUUUUUCUUUCUUACAGGAUUUCAAGUGGUUGUUGCUGCUCAGUUUGUAGUUGUGAACCUGAUUUUUUACGUCUACUUAGGUUCAAUUUUUGGGUGCGAGACUUAUUUAAUAAGUAAGACUUAUUUAAUAUAAUAUUAUAGUAAUAGACUAGUUGUUUCCUUAUAUAUUAUUCAGUGAAGUGGAGGUGGCUUGUGAAUAUUUAGCGAGCUGCAUUUGAAGUGCUAGGUUAGGUGAAUAGUAUUGUUUUACUAUGUACACACUGUGCUAAAACAAUUACAUGAUAUAUAAUUGAGCUCACGAAUGAAACAGAAUUUAAUUGCCAUCUUUGUGAACGUCCAGAUCACAGCUUCUUCAUUAUAAAUAUGGUAGCAGAAUAACUGGUGUGAAUAAGCACUGGGUGGUUUGAGUAGCCAAACAAAGAGCAAAAAGCACCAAUUAUAUCCAUUUGUUAAGUGUAUAAUGAUACUUACUGUCAGUAGUUGAUAUUUUUAUGUCACAGCUGGUCUCUCCUAUAUAAAGAUGAAGCGAAGCUCCUAGCUAAUCAUAGUGCUCUAUUUUCAAUAAUCAUCAAUGUAGUUAUGCUAAUGGUAUGUAUUAUGAUAUCAGUGGUUGACAUUACCUUAUUGUCGAUUGGUGGUUGGAUAGUUAUCACUGUAGAUGGUCAGUGAUUCGUCAAACCUGAUCAUGGUAUUGAUGCUACAUGUGUAUGAGAGGUGUGGCUGCACUGAGAAUAACCAAUGGGAUGUGAACUUUUUAUUACAACAUUCCUUUUGUAGACAUCUUUUAAGGGAGUUAUUACAUGUAACACUCUUUCCCAUGUGGUGACCUGUACAUUGUACUACUGCAUAGACAAUAUUUAACUCUGAUGGUUCACUAACCAUUAGGUUACUUCUCAGCAUUUUGUAUUGUAUUGUCAUUUUGAAUCAGGCUGGAACGCGUUUUAUUUGAAUUGGAGAACACAGAUGGUGUAAGUCAGCGCUGUACCACUUCUUGUGUGGAGUAUACAACGGUAUGAGAUGCUGCUUGUGACAGAAGCAAAAAGGUGGCAUUGGUCGAUCUGCAUACUAAAGUUAUUGAGCGGUGGUUCUUGUUGAGUUUGAUAUUAUUUGAUAUAUGAUAAAAAGUGUAAUCAUAACUAUAACAAAGUUCUCAAAUCUGACUGGCUAUCAACUGUCCUGAUUUCAAGGACAGUACGCACCAUCACGCGCGCGCUUAAAUGUUUUUUUUUUUUCGUUGCUAGCCGAAAAAAGAUUGGAAUUUCUUGUGUUUCGAUUUAAAAAAAGAGCCUUAUAUAUCACAAGUUUUGUUAAAGUUAUGAUUAAUUUUUAACAGAACUUCCUGUGGUCCAAUUUGGUCUGUAAUCAUGCUCAUGAUUAAACAAAUCAAACUCCCGCAACUCGGUCCUCCGAUUUUGUUAAGCACUCGUAUGAUUACAGACCGAAUUGGACUCCACUCAGUCGUGUUACCAUUACUAAUUGUUGCGGUUAUGAUUCCAAGCUGCUAGAACGCAUUCUUGAGAAACAAGGACAUGGUCCGUUUUCAUGAAACGUUUGAUUUUAGUGACCCAUUAAAAGCAGUGUCUUUAUGAUUUCUUUAAACCUGCCAUCACGGCGCUAUCAACGUAGUACAGUUUUGCUUUGUCGAAAAUAUAGGCCAGGGCAUAAAAUAACUUGCUAGUCCUGAUGCUUUUUAGCCUCCCACGCAGGCGUUUUUAGGGGAGCUCGUAUUUCUUCCCUCCCCACAAACGCCUGCUCAACUGAAGACAACAUUCCUUUCCCAAGCUUAGCCAAUCACAUUGUACUUUCCAAAUUCUGGAAAGUUGACCUUGACCGCAAGGUAAUCUGAUAAUUACUCGAUCUGCCUUAAACACUGGGAAAGCUUUCUGACCUGCAAUAAAUGUUAGAUUCAGAGCGGCAAAAAUAAGAUUUAGUCAAAAUUCAGAAUACUCCGUGCACUGCAUAACCUUAGCGAAGGAAAGAAAAGAAGGAAAACGGUAACUCUAGGGUCACGUUCGGUCGUGUUUAGCCUGUCAACACUUUAUUGCACAAUUGUUUAUUGGUCACUUACCACGCAAAUAAAACAAUGAGAAAGGAAUGUUGUUUUCCGUUGAGCAGGCGUUUGUGGGGAGGGAAGAAAUACGAGUUCCCCUAAAAACGCCUGCGUGGGAGGCUAGAUGCUUUUGGGCUCGAGGACUAGACAAGUGUCAGGAAUUUCCCGUCUUAACAUUACGGGGUUUUGUCUUUUCACUUACUGUUUGAUUUUAUCUUUUUCUUGGUUUUUUCUUGGAACUGUCUUCUGUCCUUAUCACUUAGAUGGCCAUGACCUUUCCAAACGGCUUUCCAAGCAAAUUUGUCCAGCAACAAAGAGCAUGCGAACCGCUCUAGAUAAAUUCAACAACCUAGAAUGCAGUAAUGCUUGCCCAUUCCCACGCUCCUUGGAGUUCGAUCAAGUGAAGAACCCGGAAGCAGACGUUUGGUUACGAUCGGAGUUUGUUGGUUCUGACUCGCCAGUACCCAUAACCGUUAGACGUAGAGCAAUCGAUCUGUACCAUCUGCUGGAUAGAGCUAAAGAAGAGGUGACCUUACUUCAGGAAGAGAUGAGAAACGUAGUUGAACACUUCAGCGGGCAGCACGCGACGUUUUCCAGUUCGUUAAAAGAUGCCACGAUAUCUCCUUUGUCCUUAGAGGAGUUAGGGAAAAAUAUAUUUCCGAAAAUGAAACUGGUGUCUUUGGAGGGACAGCUUUUAGAGGUGAAAAGAGUUUUCCAAGGUCACAUCGGAGAAGUCCCUCUCCCGAACUUAAUUUUUGAUCGAAACAGUAUUCCGUUACAGGACGAUGAAAACGAGGCUGACGAAGUGUCUGAGUUGUUGCUAACCCUCCCGGAAACAGAGGAGGAUGAAGUGGACAGUGAAAAAGAAUGCGAGAGCGAUUAUGACGAUACCGACAGCACUUUUUUUAGUUCUUCGGGAAUAUUGCUUUAA